AUGGAGCUUUGGAGCAAGAAGCUGUUGUCUGCGAAUCCGAACUUGGCGAGAUAUGUCCAUGCGCAGGGCCAGGGGGUUUCCUGGGUUGGCAAGGGACGGCGGCUGUAUCUCUUCCCGCUUUCGAAUGAGGCCGUAGUGAAUGUCAUUGCGACUUGUCCAAGCUUGCCACCAAAUCGCGACUCGAGCUUUGCGGCGGCAAAGGAGCAGUUGCUCGAUCUGUUCGAGCACUUCGACUCAAGCGCCAAAGACAUUAUAUCUCUGGCCGAAGAAUCGACUUUUCGCGCGUGGAAUCACUAUGAGACUUCGGCCCCAUUCCGAUGGAGUCACGGAAGAUCGAUUCUCAUCGGCGACGCUGCACACCCCUUGGGUACAUCAAGGAUCCAUGGUCCAAGCCAAGCCCUUGAAGACGCUGCGGCUCUCGCUGCCAUUAUGCCGGCCGCGACGUCGCCGGAUGCGGUGCCUUUUGCACUCCAAUUCAUCGAAGAACUUCGACGGAAGCGCGUUGAACAAGUACAGCACAUUGAGCAUCGCCUCCGAGCAAUAAAUACGGUACCAACUAUUGGGCAGGAGACCGAAUACGAAAGCAAGCUGCCCAAAGAUAUUUCAUCCAGCACAAUCGCAAGAACUGGCUACGUCAACCCAUCCAACUGGGCCUCUAUCCCUCCCUGCGUCAACACGCCUCGGGCAAGAGCAAGAUACGGAGGCCACAGGACCAUGUCGCCUGGGCUCGCUAUACGAUACGAUUCCGUACCUCACGCACCGUCCUUGAUCGAGGAUCAGACGGACGCUAUUCUUGGCGGUCACGAUGACUCUGGAAUGGCCAAGUUGUACGUCGAAAUUGAUUUCAGAAAGAUCGACGACAAAGCCCUCCUCACCUUCUCCUGGAGAGGCAAGACAUUUGUGGAAAUUGGUCUCGAUGGUCUCGCCGCCCCUGCGGCCUCCAAAGGCCCAGAACAACAGGCAACGUCCGGCUCCGUGAUCCCAAAACUUCCACCAGAGACGGGCAUUAUGUAUGAGCGGUACGUGGGCGCGGUGGGACAGCCCGGCGUUGCCGAUGUUCAGUACCCAGUGUAUACCCCAUUUCAGGGCGGUGGUAGCGGGGUGAAGACGAAGGUCACGAAGACGGAGAUUGCUACUGGAGGCUCGGCGACCUAUUUCAGAGGCGACGAGCUCAACCUUCCUACGUGGCAUGGUUAUGUCGAUCACUUUGCCGAGUUGCCGUUCUACGGGUUCGUCAGUGGCUCGGUGGUGCAAGGCACGGGCGUCGACGACAAUCGGAAUGUGAUGCGGAUUGAAUAA